AUGCUGAAAUGCGAGUGCGGCCGAUUAUUCGAGGACCGAAUAGCGCUCAGACAGCACGGAAUAGCCACACAUAGCCGUGAUUGCACUCACUGCGAUCGGAAAUUUGCGACUUCCAGCGCCUUAGACCAACAUACCCUUACACUCCAUAGUGAGCAGUGCGAUAGUUGCAAGGAAUGUUUCCGCAAUCGCAAGCAGCUAAGACGCCAUCAAGAGUCAACCACGCAUUGCUUUUGUCGCCCAUGCAAUCUAUAUUUCGAAUCAACCAAUGCCCUACGAAAACAUGAGCUUGCGCCCGGACACGUUGGCCAGUUCCACUGCUGCGACUGCGAUCGCGAUUUCGUAAACAGUUCUGCUCUCGAACAACACCUCCAGAACAAGAUCCACACGUUUACUAAAAGGCCCAAGGAAGGUUACGUAUGCGAGCAAUGCGAUCGAGGAUUCUCAAGCCAAAACGCAUUAAACCAACACCGCGGAUCACUAGUCCAUCGUCCUCUAAGCGAUCUAGAAUGCAUAGAUCCAAAAUGCCGGAAACGCUUCAAAAGCCCUUCAUCGCUCUUACACCACCUUGAAAGCGGUACUUGUCGCUCCGGAAUGAACAGAGACAAACUCAACGGUCUGAUAUGCGCCUACGAUACAGAUCAGAUAAUUUCCAUCCGGGGCCAGCCGCAAAUCGCAGCCUUCGAUGAUACUACCAGUACAUGCUCGGACUCAAGCACCGAGUCUGAGAUUAUCUAUACGCCGUGCAGCACGGUAUCCGGCCGCUCGCUUUCCCCAGUAGGAACAGCAGUACGGAGCUACAGCUCCAAGCCUAAGAAAUUCUUAGGUAUAGGGUGUAGCGAGUGUACACGGACAUUCAAAUCCCUAGAGGCACUUGAUCAACACCGACAAUCGGCUGCUCAUUCAAGUGCUCUUUUCAACUGUCCGGCGCCGUUGCUGAUCGGCAACUCGGCGGCCCCUAUUCCUCUUAGCUCUCUGCGGUCUUUUAAUACGGUCAGUGGGCUGGUGCAGCAUCUUGAGUCUGGGGCUUGUGCGGGGGGCUUGACGAUGCUUCGCGAGGCAGCGGGGUACAUCGAAAAUUGUCUUCAGAAUAUGGGACUGAAAAGGAGUAUCUUGAUAAAGGAUGUGAAAUAG